ACAGGACUGCUCCUUUAGGUGUGGAUUAGUGUGGUGACGUCAGCAGCUGAGUAACAGCCCCACCCAGUGGAGAGAUGCUGCAGUCAGGAAAGUUCCUGAAAACACUAGAGCUCCUCUGGUGAGGAUAUAAACGCUGGGACUGUCCCACAGCUGAGGCAGAAAGCAACACAACACACUUGAAGAAGAGGACUCAACACUGAACAGACAUUGACGAUGCUGUGCUCACAUGGACUCCAGGCUUCCUUCAGCCCUUCCAUGUACUUCUACUGGCCUGCACACAGGCUCUGGCCAGAGGUGCAGCCUCUUCUCUACCAUCAUUGGGAUCUGCUGCGCACAAACAGACAGGAGCUGGUGGACAAAGUUCAACACGAGAUCCAGAAGGAGACCCAGCCUAUCCCAACCACUCUGGCCGUCAAACCAGUGUGUUACAAGCUGGAGGAUCAGGGAGAGCAUUUUGGCCUGAGCCUGGACACUGAAGACUUUUCCCCAGAGGAGCUGAGUGUGAAGCAGCUGGGCAGGAGGCUGACAGUUAGUGGGAAGACAGAGAAGAAGGAGGACAGGAAAGGCUCCUACUCUUACAGAUGCCAGCAGUUCAGGCAGGAGUUUGAUCUGCCCCUGGAGGUUAAUCCUGAAGCUGUCACCUGCUACCUGGCUGCAGACGGGAAGCUGCACAUCCAGGCAGCAAAAGCUCCAUGUGCAGAGGACACUGAGAGAGAACUGACUAUCAAGAGGAGCUUGGAGGAGAAAACACAGCGGAGUGUGUGUUCACACACAGACGGCGGAAGCACUCAGGACACUGAGGACAAGACACACUGAUCUCCUUCUGCUUGUGCACAGUUAUGUUCAUAAUACUCUAAAUACGUGCUAAUGAUGACCACAUGCACUGUUGUAUGGAUGGCAUUUUUUAUAAUCAAUAAAUGUAAUCGAACCUGAAUUAUUUAAGCAUUGU